AUGAAGAUCAAAUUAUAUUAUGGUUCUGGUGCUGCAAGUUUGUGUGUACAUUGGAUGUUGAUAGAGAUGGGUAUCGAUUUCGAAGCGGUCAAGAUCGAUUUGUCAAACAAUGAGCAAAAGGGAGAAGCCUAUCUCAAGAUAAAUCCCCAAGGAAAGGUACCGGCUUUGGAACUCGACGGUAACGUCUACACAGAGAGUGUUGCUUUGGUGAUGUUGUUGUCGGAGCACAGCGAGCGUUUGAAGCCAGCGGUCGGCACUGACGAACACGCUCGUUGGACAGAGCUCUUGAUCUACUUUGCCAAUUCAUUGCUACCGGCAUUCCGUGAAUGGUUCUACGCCCCCGUCGAGAGCGGUGGUAACAAGGAGAAGGAGACCUUCUUGAAGGACCUGGUUAGACCACGUAUCGAAGCGGUCUACGAUCGUAUCGAAGCGUUGCUUGCCGACGGCCGUACCCAUCUGCUCGGAAACCAGUUGAGAUCGGUCGAUUUCGUUGGCACCAUGUUGAUGCGUUGGUCAAGAAACAUGCCAAAGCCAGCCACUCAAUGGCCAAACAUCAACAAAUACGUACACAGAAUGAGAUCGAUGCCAUCAUUCAUUGAAGUCUACAAGAGAGAAGAGAUUAAAGUUAAACUUUUGAUUAAACUCAAAAUGAUAACUCAUCUAUUCCACUUCAAAAUGGAAAUCAAAAAAUAUGAUAAAUAA